UAGUAUGUGUGAUUGUUCUUUUUGCGAGUGAAUCUUAUUGCGAUUUCAUGUUUCUUAAAUUAAAAUUAAACACUUUACUUAUUAGCUAAAAUGUAUCCUGCCUUAUGCUCCCUAUAUUCUGUGGAAACUAAUCUCAGGCAAAUUUGCGUAUUCAAGUCAUUUUGUGGGUAACUCACAAGUACAGAGAAGAUUGAAGACAGUUCAAAUCCUUUCUUUCAAAAUGUUUGAAAGCGGUGAUUAUGAGAAUUUUUUCCUUUUCUAAGCCGAUGUUGAGACUCACCUGUUGCCCUACAGAUGUGAACCUUCCCUCGGACACUCCGGGGUGACUGGCAGCACCAGAGACUCCUCCCCUUCACCGUCUGUCCCGUUCUCACGUCCAGAGCACCAGCCUUUUCAAAGAUCCGUAGAGUAGAAAAUCAUACUAUAUAUUUUAAAGGUCCUUUAUGAUACACAGGGCAUAAACCACAGCAGACUUUAUAAGGUAUUACCAUUCCAGUAUUAUUUUAAGAAAUUCCAAUUUUGCUUUUUAGCCCCCCCCCUUUUUUUUUACUUCCAAAUGUUUAUCUCAGGGUAAACAAAACACAACACCCACAAACUCUUAAAUGGCUGCAGGAAAUGCCAGAUGGUUUAUGGAAAGAUCGAAUGACAGAAGGACAGGCUUCAGAGAGAAGCCGAGCCUCUGCAGGUUACUGAAGCCAAGACCCUAAUCAAAUCAGCGACAAGCCCUGGGGAGCCAGCUGUUCAGUCAAUGGCCGAACGAGAGUUACAAAAAUGCUCACAAGAGACGGACCCUCGUGCUUGCUCUUAGCUAUAACUCAUUUUGGAUGCAUUAAAUUUAUGUUCUGAAUGAAUGCUUUAUUAUUAUUAUUUUUGCCCCAAACGGCAUGUCUGUCUGGACUUCAGGCUUUAUUAGAAGUGAGGAGAAAAUCAACUGGAUUACAGAAAAAAAAUUCAGGCAGAUUAAGCAGAUUGCUUACCCUGUGAAACAUCUGCCUUGACUGAGGGGCUAAGAAAGUUGGAGUCAGGCCUUGCUAGGAGCGAGGAUGGCCACCCCCUCCUCUAUUCUGUAAGGAGAUUUUCCAUUCCUAGUCAAAUGGUGGUGCUAGUUCUUUAGUUUUGAGUUACUGCAUUUCCUAAUUUCAUGGUCAUAACAGCCUCCUGUCUUUCUGCCUCAGAGCCGAUUUCACCAAAACUGAAAAUGCGGGCUCCUUGCUCAGACGCUUCUUAACGGGCUCGAAAGGUUAAGGUUCCUUCCUCUUGCCCAUGCCAUAGCAUAAGAAGACAGUCUUUGAGUGACAUUCUUCUCAAGUGGCCGGUCGGCUGCUGAGCCCUCUGCUGUGCGGAGAGAAGGUUUGCGCCUUGCCCGCGGCCACUAACGAUGACCAUGACCCUCCACACCAAAGCAUCCGGAAUGGCCCUGCUGCACCAGAUCCAGGGCAACGAGCUGGAGCCCCUGAACCGCCCGCAGCUCAAGAUCCCCCUAGAGCGACCCAUGGGAGAGGUGUACGUGGACAGCAGCAAGCCUACUGUCUACAACUACCCCGAGGGCGCUGCUUACGACUUCAACGCUGCUGCCGCCGCCUCCGCUCCCGUCUACGGCCAGUCCAGUCUAGCCUAUGGCCCGGGGUCCGAGGCGGCAGCGUUCGGUGCCAACGGCCUGGGGGGCUUUCCUCCGCUCAACAGCGUGUCGCCAAGCCCCCUGGUGCUGCUGCACCCGCCAACGCAGCUCUCGCCCUACCUGCACCCCAACGGCCAGCAGGUGCCCUACUACCUGGAGAACGAGCCCAACGGUUACGCCGUGCGCGAGGCUGGUCCUCCCACGUUCUACAGGCCAAAUUCAGAUCAUCGGCGUCAGGGUGGCAGAGAAAGAUUGGUCAGCUCCAGUGACAAGGGCAGCCUGGCCAUGGAGUCUGCCAAGGAGACACGCUACUGUGCAGUGUGCAAUGACUAUGCCUCUGGCUACCAUUAUGGAGUCUGGUCUUGUGAGGGCUGUAAGGCCUUCUUCAAGAGAAGUAUUCAAGGACAUAAUGACUACAUGUGUCCGGCUACCAACCAGUGCACAAUUGAUAAAAACAGGAGGAAGAGCUGCCAGGCCUGCCGCCUGCGCAAGUGCUAUGAAGUGGGCAUGAUGAAAGGUGGGAUUCGGAAGGACCGAAGAGGAGGGCGAAUGUUGAAACACAAGCGGCAAAGAGAUGACGGGGAGAACAGGAAUGAAGCGGGGGCCUCGGGGGACAUGAGAGCUGCCAGCAUUUGGCCAAGCCCGCUCUUGAUUAAGCACACUAAGAAGAACAGCCCUGCCUUAUCCUUGACAGCCGAUCAGAUGGUCAGUGCCUUGAUGGAGGCUGAGCCCCCCAUAAUCUAUUCUGAGUACGAUCCUACCAGACCCUUCAGUGAGGCUUCGAUGAUGGGGUUGCUGACCAACCUCGCAGACAGGGAGCUGGUUCACAUGAUCAACUGGGCAAAGAGGGUGCCAGGAUUUGUGGAUUUGACCCUCCAUGAUCAGGUCCACCUUUUGGAAUGUGCCUGGCUAGAGAUCCUGAUGAUUGGUCUCGUCUGGCGCUCCAUGGAGCACCCAGGGAAGCUCCUAUUUGCUCCUAACUUGCUCUUGGACAGGAACCAGGGAAAAUGCGUAGAGGGCAUGGUAGAGAUCUUUGACAUGUUGCUGGCUACGUCAUCUCGGUUUCGUAUGAUGAAUCUCCAGGGAGAGGAGUUUGUGUGCCUCAAAUCCAUCAUUUUACUUAAUUCUGGAGUGUACACGUUUCUGUCAAGCACUCUGAAGACUCUGGAAGAAAAGGACCAUAUCCACCGUGUCCUGGACAAGAUCACAGACACGUUAAUCCAUUUGAUGGCCAAGGCAGGCCUGACCCUUCAGCAGCAGCACCGGCGCCUGGCUCAGCUCCUCCUCAUCCUCUCCCACAUCAGGCACAUGAGUAACAAAGGCAUGGAGCACCUGUACAACAUGAAGUGCAAGAAUGUGGUGCCGCUCUACGACCUGCUGCUGGAGAUGCUGGAUGCCCACCGCCUGCGCUCCCCCACCAGCCGCGGGAGCGUCCCCAUGGAGGAGCUGCACCAAGGCCAGAUGGCCACCGCGGGGUCCCCUUCGUCGCAUUCCUUGCACACGUAUUACAUCAGUGGGGAGGCAGAGGGGUUCCCCACCACAAUGUAAGAGCUCCCUGGCCCCACCAAGUUUCCGAGAAUCCCUGCAGCCUUCUGCCCACGUCAUCCACCACGAUAGCAAACUCUGCUCCUGAACGCACUCCAGCAUGCAACCACCACUGUGGCUUUACAAUAUGAGUGGCCAUUCGUUUGCUUGCUCAGUUCUUAGCGGCACACCUUCUUCUGGGAACAGCCAAAGGGGUUCCAGGGCUAAAUUCUUUGUAAUGGCUCUCUUUCUCCCUUUGCUCUAUUACUAAGCAUAAGGAUUCCUGUAGCCUUUCAUAACUGAACUCAGUCUAGGAGCUGGGGCUCAGAUGAGCCCGGGCAUUUGAGCUCCUUGUUGAGAGCCAGGCCUGGAGAGUGGACAUUUCACUUCCGUGAAGCACUUUUUAAUGAAUCUAAGCCACAGGAAAGAUAUGGGAAGUGGCUCCUUUAACUGCUGACUUGGAGAAAGCUAGAUCGAGGGUUUAUUACAGUGUCCUCUUGUAUUCCUAUAGUAACAUAUCAUUUUAUUAAAGUAACACUUUAUUGCUCGGUUGCUUGACUAUAGCCGAAUACUCGGUGAUUGUCUAUUCAUUUCCCUGUAUAGGAAUACAGGAUGCACACAGGGAAGGAAGAUCCUCUAGCUGUCAAGACUUUGUCAACUGAAUACACUGCACCUUCAGGAUUGCUGCACACUCUCACGCUGGCUUUUGAGAGCACUACGUACAGGUCUUGGGUCCCAGUUAAUUCCCGCUUCCCAUAGACCUAUGGGAAAACAGCAGGCUGAUCCCAGUUAAGUCACCUCCCCAUAUGCCAGCGUUCCUGUGAAGGAUAAAAUUCUUGUGUUUUUUUUUUUAAUUUUUGUUUUUGUUUUAUAAAAGAGAGCCCUCUUCCCCCAUGGCCUGCAGUUAGUCCACUUCAGGACCUGUUGCGGUGUGGUCUCACACUUACAGCAGGGGGCGCUCUGCUUGGAUCUUCCUGGUGUGUAAUUUACACUGAACAUGAAUUAGUCUUGUGUAGAGUGCCCAGCCUGUGACCAAAAACCCUUUAAAUGAGUGGGCACCCUAGUGACACUGUAAGCCCUGGGGCACUGGGCUAAAAUAGUAAAUGUACAUGACCGUUGUAGGUACUAGAGGACAGGGAGGAAAGAGUUGACACUGGAUGAGCCUGUGAGGCUCAGGGUGGCCCUGCCAUAGGCUGCAGCCUCCCAGGAGUGCCACACUGCACUGCGGGCUGCCCUGGGGUCCAUGGGGCAGCCCUCUCCUCUCCAUUUCGCCAUGUGACCCUGAUUGGACAGCUGUAUCCCUGUGGUUGACCAAGCACACUCUGAAGCCAGGGAGGGGGCCGGGGAGUGCAGUACUCUGUACCCCGGCACCUGGGGCCUGCCCAGACUACACGUGCCCUUGGUUAUUUAGACAUCUUCCAAAUACAAAGGUUUGGGCUUGGGGGAGUGGGGGAAGACAAAACUUCCCCCAGAGCUCAUCUCAUUAUACUGUAUAACCCAGAAGAGUGAGACUAGAACUGGGCCACAGGAAUCUGUUGACCUAUAGACAGAAAAAGAAAGUCUCACUGCAGCCACAGGGCAGCCUCGUCUGGGACCUUUGCCUGUUGGGAGAGCAAUUACGGGUUUCCUGUUCUCAGCUGAAAAGGAAGCUUAGUUUCCUCCAGUGACCUCAGCGUCUAUAAUCUGAACCCUGCUGAGAGGUGAUGUGUCAGCCGAUGACCUGGCUAAGCUUCCAGGGCUUCUCUGGGGAUUGCCUAUUUCAAGAUGUGGAUUUCACUCAUUUCUAAUUGCCCGGUCGGUGGUCACUAAGGGACUGGGAAUCAGGAAGGGCAAAAUUUUUUUUAAAAAGGAGUAGUUUUUUCCAGAUAUGUGCAUCUAAAUUUGGGGGGCAAUUUUAUGUAUUGUCAUUAAGAAUAUGUUUGGAACAUAAUUCUUUUGUUGUUGUUUUGUUGAAGAAGCACCUUCUAUAGUAUAAUAUAUAUAUUUUUUGAAAUUGCAAUGCUUGUUUAUCAGACAAUUGAAUGUAGUAAUUCUGUUCUGGAUUUGAUUUGACUGGGUUAACAUGCAAAAUCAACAAAAAUAUUCCGUUUUUUUUUCUUUGUAUGCAGUCAUUGAGGCCUAAGUCCUGGUGAUUAUUCAUUUAAAUGAAGAUCACAUUUCAUAUCAACUUUUAUAUCCACAGUAGACAAAAUCGCACUAAUCCAGAUGCCUAUUGUUGGAUAUUGAGUGAUAGACAAUCUUAUGUAGCAGAGAUUAUGCCUGAAAAGGAAAAUUUAUUCAGGGCAGCUAAUUUUGCUUUACCAAAAUAUUAGUAGUAAUAUUUUUGGACAGUAGCUAAUGGGUCAGUGGGUUCUUUUUAAUGUUUAUACUUAGAUUUUCUUUUAAAAAAAUAAAAACAGACAAAAAAUAUUAGGACUAUAGAUGAUAUAAUACCAGCUAAAUCCAAACAAUGCUACAGUGGAGGGUUUUACAUUAUUCAUCUGAUGUGUUUGUAUUCAUAUUAAGAUACUACUAUAUGUGAAAUGGGCAGAGAAUACCAGAAGGCUGGAAUGUUAGCCCAGGACUCUCAAGUGAUUAUAGAGAUCUCUUUUUAUUCUUGUUUGAAGUGCCACUAAUGGACAGCUGACACUUUGCAGCUAAUGUUGCUGUCGGGUGCAGGGAACAUGCUGCGUUUGCCCUCCACGAUGAGGCAAUGUGGAGUUUAAAAGACAUGAUUGGCCUGGGGUGGGGAUUGGGGUGCUGUGAGGAAGUGGGUUCAGGAAUUUGGAGAAUGGGAAGUACGGUAAUAAGAGUCUGGAAAGUAUUGUAGGCAGGUCAAUACUGGUGUCUGGGGUGCACACCAGGGUCCAGACUUUGGCCCUGCAAACCACAAAUAACUAGCACUAUCUGACAGCCAUUUCUAAAAUGACAGCUCGAGGUCCAGGGGAGAACUGGUGGCAUCUGCAGUCCAGUCUGAGGACUAGCCAGCAGCCUGUGUUCCUUUUGGCCACUGCCAAACUCUAGGCUUGCUGUCACGAUUCUGUAAUGCAGUCAUGCAACAAUCAGAGAGGCUAGUUCAUCCAAAGAGAACACCCCACGUAGGUUACAAAAUCCCUAAGGAAGUGCCAUCUGAGACUAGUUCUCCCUAAAAACUUUGUAAGUAUGUUGAGCCAGGUCAAUAUCCCAUGCCUUUCCAGGGCCAAACAAAUAAGGGACUUACUGAUAAAUUACUUUUGGUCCCAUUCAGGUAUUCUCACCUGUUAAAAUUUUAUAGAGUCACAUGACCAUUGAUGUAGGCCAUUGGUGUAGUGUACCCCUAGAUGGAACCCAUCCCAGAUAUUUUUCUAUUCCAAAUCUUAUGCCAACUCUGAGAUGGACCGUGCAUCCUGGAAAUGGUCACUAGGGCCAAGAGUCAUGUCUAAUAUUCACCAGCAAAUCUGCUUUGGGAGAGUAAUUACUGAAGGCAAGUUGAGUUAUACACUAGCUUAGGAGGUGACCAUAGUCAAGUCUUGGGAGGAUGGCCCAGAUCACACCUUGCACUUCCUUAGGUGAACUCCCUGCAAAUUUACCCUCGGCUGUAGCAAAUGAAUUUCACUGCGGUUCCAGACACCCAUCUUCUCAUUAGUGUGACUACUCUAACCGCAUUUCCUUUCCAUUUGGAUUUAAGUGAGAGUGGCCUGUUUCUAAGUCAUUUUCAAUUGUUUUCUAAGUAACAGCUGCCUCUAUUAUGGCACUUCAAUUUUUGCACUGUCUUUUAGAUAUUCAAGAAGAAUUUCUAUUCUUUUUCUCACAUCCAAAUGUGCCUGAACUUUUAAAAUAUGUAAAUGCUGCCAUUUUUUUAACCCAUCUCGAGUGUGUUUGCACAUCGCUGUGUCCCCUGGAGACAACAUGCAGCCCCAUGAGCAGGUGCCUGAGACACGGACCCCUUUGCAUCCACAGAGAGGUCAUUGGUUACAGAGACUUGAAUUCAUAAGUGACAUUAUGCCAGUUUAUGUUCUUUCAUGAUUUAAAAAUAAUGCUUUUUGUGCACUACAUACUCUUCAGUGUAGAGCUCUUGUUUUAUGGGGAAAGGCUCAAAUGCCAAAUUGUGUUUGAUGGAUUUAUAUGCCCUCUUGCUGACGCAUACCAUUAUCGAUGUGAUUCUGUUUUGUUGCAGCUUUGCUUUGUUUAAUGAAACACACUUGUAAACCUCUUUUGCACUUUUAAAAAGUAAAGAAUCCAAUGGGAUGCUUAAGCACCUGUAAACAAUUUUCUCAAUCUAAUUUGAUGUUCAAAUAAAA